AGAGCAACUGUGCUGUCGAGGCUUUACGUCAAACGAUAUGCAAGAAAAUGACAACCUUUCAUCUUAACCGAUGUCUAUCAGGGUUUCUUAAAUAUACCUCAAAACGGACGCCAAUAUCGGUAUUAUCUCGGAGCUUCUCCUCCUCAGACACCCUUAGAAAAGAUGACAAUAGCCAGUUGUUUGAUGUUGUCAUUUCUGGUGGAGGAAUGGUUGGGGCUGCAAUGGCCUGUGCUCUAGGCCAUGCAAAUGUAUUUGAAGACAAGAAGAUCCUUUUACUAGAAGCAUCACCCCAGAAAGAUUUUAAACUGCCUGAAAAAUAUGGCAACAGAGUAUGUGCAUUAAGUCCAGCAACGAAGAAAUUACUAUCAGGUUUUGGUGCCUGGGAGGAAAUUUGUAACAUGCGAUAUCAACCAGUGAAAAGGAUGCAGGUGUGGGAUGCUUGUUCGGAUGCUUUUAUAACACUAAAUCAUGAUGACAUGACAGAUGAUGUGGCAUAUAUUGUAGAGAAUGAUGUUAUACUGGCAGCAAUAAUGAAACAGUUUGACAAGAUAAAACAUAAUGUGACUGUUAUGUACAAUUCUAAAGCAGAAAUGUACACUUUCCCAAGCCAAAUACAAGAUGGAGUACAGGAGAACCUUUGGAUAAAGGUUCAUCUACCAGAUGGGGAAACUUUUCAAACAAAAUUACUGAUUGGUGCAGAUGGCUUUAACUCACUUGUAAGAAAGCAAGCAAAUAUCCAUACCUUACAAUGGGACUAUGAGCAGUGGGGACUAGUGUCAACUUUGCAUUUUGCAGAGCCAACAGAAAAUGUUGUUGCAUGGCAAAGAUUUCUUCCUACAGGACCAGUGGCAGUACUUCCUCUUUCAGAAACUCAAAGUUCCCUUGUGUGGACCACUUCACCAGAUGAAGCAAAGAGGUUGCUCAAGCUUCCAAAAGAAAAUUUUGUAGAUGCUCUAAAUAUGGCUUUAUGGGAUGAAGACAAAAAAGACUCAUUUGCUGUUAGAGCAGGUCAGGUUGCUCAGGAUUUAAUAAACACAGUUAGCCCAGAGGGAACAAGUUUUCGUCAGCUUCCACCAACAUUUACUGACAUAGAAGAUGAAAGUAGAGCAGCAUUUCCACUAAGCCUGGUUCAUGCUUCACAUUAUGUCAAACCAAGACUAGCAUUAAUUGGAGAUGCUGCACACAGAGUUCAUCCACUUGCUGGACAAGGUGUAAAUUUGGGGUUUGGUGAUGUGACGUGCCUUCGAGAUGUUCUUGUACAGUGUCUCUGUAAUGGAGGAGACCUUGGCUCUCUGAGUCAUCUUCUACAGUAUGAAACUUCUCGUCAAAGGAAAGUUCUUCCAGUUAUGUUUGCAAUGGAUGGUCUGAAAAGGCUGUAUGGUACCGAUUUCCCCCCUGUUGUUGUUCUUCGAACACUUGGCUUGCAAGCAACAAAUUCUAUGAAAUCUCUCAAGGAUUUCUUUGUGACACAGGCAACAAAUUGAGGUGAAGGGAAGACAGUUACUGCUAGACAGAAAAUAAAGCAGAAAACGAACAGUUUUAGGUCCAUACAAGAAGUUGAAAAGAGAUGAGGCACACCUUUCACUAGAAUGAUCUAGAGCUCCCCCUUAGGCAAGCCUUAUCUGUAAGACGAGUCUCUUAAGUCUGCAGUAACACCACUGCCUCUACCUAACUGCUGUCAAGAGUUGUGUGUCAGACCUGAUUGUUGUGCAAUUGCAUCACAGUCCAAAGAUUAAUUGUGAUGAAUUAAUUGAUUCGUUUUCAAAGAUAAACAGUUAAAUAUUUUCCAACAGAAAACUGUCUAACCAACCUUUGAUCCUCCUCUCUUUUCUUUAUUCAUUUAAGAUGCAUCUAAGAAUUGUUGUCUAGAAGCAACUUUAUUCUGAUGUUGGGGAAGCUUAACUGAUCUUUAUGGAUCACAAACCAAGGGAGCACAAGGUUGUCCAAAUUGAGUGAUAUGAAUUUUUGGGGCACUUAAUUGUAUUAUAACAAUAAAAAUCCAGAGUCAGCAGAGUUGUUCAAACAUGUAAGGAUUGUUGCUUACAAUAAGAAGUUAAUGCAGCCAAGGAUGAUUACUUACUUUUUUAUUUUUUUUUAAGGGAAAGUGCAUGGCCAUACACUAUUAAUAUUAUUUGUUUUAAUAAUAACAACUGUAAUCAUACUUAUUCAAAUUUCUUAAAUCUGCUUUUGUUCAGUAGACUUUACAAUAUGAAUAUAGAAAAUAACAGGCUAGUGAAAGAUAUGGAAAAAAGAUGAUUUACACAAAUUGUGUGAAUAACGUUUUUUCAAAAUGUUAGUUCAUUAAAUUUUUUUUAAAAAGGGUCCUUUAAAAAUUAUGGUCAUAAAUGUUUUGAAGAUAUGUUUUAUAGUAAAUUCCAUUUUGAAAGUUUUAGAAUUUUUGUAUCUCUUCAAUUAUUAUUGUCAUAUUCAAGUAUCAUUUAGCCUGUAACUUUACCACUUCAUGUGAAACAAGCACAUUUUCAGCUGGUUUUUGUUGAAGAAAAAAGUGUAGCUUCAUGGUCAAGAACUGGUCUUUGCGAUAUUUGAAGUCCAGCAUAAUGGCAUUUAUUGGAGUAAAACGAGUGUGACUUCAACUGACAAAUAGAUACAAUCCUGUUAAUAGACGGGGCAAACUUCAUUAUUCUCAGAAAAAAUAUAGAGAAACAUGAUGGACCUACCAUCAAAUUUGAUGCAAAAGUAAACUGCUUCACUUGUGAUUAUGAAGUGAUGGUUUCUUCCUUAGCCUUCAAAAUCAAUUAUCUUAUUGCUAAUAAUAUUGUUGGUUAGUUUAUAGAUAUUUGGGAUUUAAGUCACCUGUGAAUUAACAUAAAAGCCAAUCAAAUAUUGACAGCAGGGUUAAAGUGCUAGAUUUUUCCGCCUGUCAGAUACUUACGCAACCUCUAUUAAUGUCAGGGACCAUUAGUUUAAUAGGAAAGAAACCAUACAUUUGUCUUUCAUAGCACAUUGUCAAACUGAGUAUAGAUUGCCAAGGAUAUAAGAAAAAAAAAAUUCAGGCCUGUAGCUUCUAAGCUAAUAGGUGACAAUUUUAGCCUCGUUCAAAGAGGAAUUUUCAAUUUGCAGAAUAUGUGCUUCUCUGUUAUAACUGAAAUGUAUAGUAAUAAUAAAUAUUAUACCGUGUCAUAGAAGAA